AUGAGUGAACUAGUGUGGGGAAUCAAAAAUGGGGAUUUGGAGAUCGUCAAAGAUUUAGUAGAGAGUAAGGAAAUAGAUAUCAACAAAGAAAUUGAUGGCAGGCCUCCCCUUCACUAUGCUGCUGAUUUCGGACAACCUCAUGUCAUUGAAUAUUUAGUAUCGAAAGGAGCUGACAUUAAUGCAAAAGACAAACAUGGUAUUUCUGCUCUUCUUGCUGCCAUUUGGGAAGGACAUACUAGCUGUGUAAGGACUCUUUUGGACAAGGGAGCAGAGAAGAUUGGUUCCGCUCCAGAUGGAACAAAUUACCUAGACUGUGCAGAUAAAGCUGAAAUCAAACAGCUUCUUCAAUAG